CCUAACUUUCUUCUCUGCUCCGCACUGCUACUUCUCCGCCCCUCCAUUCUUCCCAGUCGCCGCCGCUCCUCCGCACCCCUGCUCCCGCCGCUCUCUCCCCCUCCCUCGACCGACCGAAAAACCGUCGGCUCGGUUUUAUGUCGGAUGGUCUGCCCAGAAUCCGAUAGAGUUUUGAGUAGUGAAACAAUGGAUGAUGAUCGACUCAGUGAGUUACCUGACUCGUUAAUCCUUACCAUUCUUUCGUUGUUGGAUAUGAGAGAUGUGGUUAGGACAACCCUUCUCUCCAAACGAUGGAAAAAUCGAUGGACCACCGUCCCCUGCCUUCAUUUUCACAUUCCUUUGUACUGUAAUUUAUGGGUUGAAUACUCAAAUCUCGUUUCUGGGGCUCUUGCACAAUGGAAAGGUGCCAAGAUUCUGGAGUUCACCAUAUUUUUCCCUUCAUUUCGUUUGAGAUCAUCUAGUGAUAUUGAUUCGUGGCUGCGUUUUGCGAUCGAAAAACAAGUGGAAAAGCUAACUGUAGGUUUCGAUUAUCAAACGCGUGUUGCAUACUUCCUUCCACACUGUUUAUAUUCGUGCUCAUCAAUUACAGACUUAUCCCUAUACAAGUGUUCGUUGAAAAUCGAGAAGAAUGUGCAGUGGAAUCAACUCAAGAGAUUAGAAAUUAGAAAUCCGGAUGGGUUGAGUGGUGAUGCCAUGAACCAAAUUCUUGUGGGUGCACCUCUGUUGGAAGAGUUGUUUUAUGGGUGUUUUGAAAUUAGAGAAAACUUCAAUAUCCGAUCUACCAGCUUGAAGAUGCUCGAAAUCGGCAGCAACCGUGGGAGCUUCUGCCGUCGAAGUAUUUAUACCUUAGUAAAGGCGGAGGCAGAGCUGCGAAUUUGGGCUCCUAAUCUAUUGAGUUUAGAAAUGUCAGCUUGUUUUAGUGGCAGUUGUUUGCUAUAUGUCCCUUCUUUGACUACUGCAACUCUUCGUUUUGAUGACAACUUUAUUACUCGUGAGGCCAUGGCGCCUCUUGAAAUGUUCCAUCAAGUUUUUCGAAGCAUCCGCCAUGUUGAGAAUGUCUCGUUAUCAUAUUGGAGCUUUCAGUUUCUUGUUGACAUGAAGGAGAACCACAUGCCUGUUGAAUUCCCGAAUGCUGAGUUUCUAAAAAUACGUUUUGUUAAAGGCCACGAGAUGCUUGAUUUUCUUGUUGCUCUUGAGAGCUUUCCUAAGCUGAAGUCGUUAAUUGUUUAUCAGUAUGGUCAUAUUUAUAACUCGGUGGCGUCUGAGAUGGCUUCCCUUAGUCCGUCUCUGCUUCAUCUACAGACAGUUGAGAUUUACAUACAUGGAAAACAAUUCUCAAUAUCUCCAUUGCUGGAAUAUCUGUUGGAAAACGCUCACGUGCUUCAAAAGAUGCUUCUUCGACCCUACGUAGGUGAAUUAGAGGUGUCUAUUUCGGCUUUAAAAGAGCUCUUGGAAAUGCGGAGAUCUUCCCCUUAUGCAGAGGUGAUUAUAAAGCCCACAUUCCUCGGCUUUUGAUUAAUGAUGUCAAUUUCGGCCAAUCCGCUUUGGUUUGGACCAGUCCUCAAACAUAUUUGGUUAUGUGUUUAUUCGGCUUGUGCCUAUAUAAAUUGUCGAUCUUGAAAAGCAAAAUUGAAAUGCAUGUACUAUCAAUUAUGGAAAAUUAGGUGAAUA